UUGUGGUCAGUUUCGGCCAACAAAUUUUUGGUAUAAAAGACAUUGUGAUUCGGCUAACAAAUCAUUCACAAGCCUUCCUAGCGUUGGUAAAGAUAUAUUCGGUUUAAAGCCACAGAUAAAUUUAAAAAACACUUUAAAAAUGAAAUACUUGUUUGUCCUUGCUUUGGUCGCUGCUGUAAGCGCUGAUGUUUCACACUUGAUGUACCUUCCACCGCCACCAGCAUCACAUGGCAGCCCUGUGAGUCCACCACAACCAAAUAACGAAUAUUUGCCACCAUCUUCAGCUUCAAGCCACCAAGGACCAGCUCCAGUUCACGUCGAAUCUUCCCAUCACGCUGUUAAUGUGCCUGCUCCACAAGCACCACACCACGUCGAAUCACAUCACGAAGCUCCAGUAGCUGUUCAAAUGCCAGCUUCAACCUAUUUGCCAGCUCCAGUUGCUCACCACCAACCUGCCCCAGUUGAACACCAUCAAACCGCCCCAGUUGAACACCAUCAAACCGCCCCAGUUUACUCAGCACCCGCCCCAGUUGAACAUCAUCAACCCGCCCCAGUUUACUCAGCACCCGCCCCAGUUGAACACCAUCAACCUGCUCCAGUUUACUCAGCACCUGUUCAACAACAACCCGCCCCAGUUCAACAACACCAACCAGCCCCAGCCUACCAACCAGCUCCAGCACCAGUGCAUAAUGAACCAGUCUUCAGUGCACCUCAACCAGCUCCAGCAGCACCUGCUCCAGUUGCAUCUGCCCCAUCUUUCUCAGCACCUCAGCCAGCUCCACAACAAUCAUACUCAGUACCAGCUCCAGCACCAGCUCCUGCUGCUGCCACUUUCUCAGAAGAAGAAGGCUACAGCUACAGAAACCCAAACAAACUCUAAAUUAUUUAAUUUGGAUCGAAUGAUUUUGCUGAAUGUGGCUAACAUAGAUAAAAUAAAAUUAAACAUGAUGACAUGUAUUUGAACAAAAAAAAUCAAAAUAAAAAUCAUAAAAUAUAAA